AUGGAUAAAUCUUGGAUGCAUAUUGAAGAUAGAUUGCGGUCCCAUGAAUAUGCUGAAGGAGUUAAUCAUUUCUUAUCAAUGGCUCAAUCCAUUGCUCCUUCCAGUGACUCCAUUAGGUGUCCCUGUCGGGACUGUCGUAAUAACUUCUUCCAGCCAUUUACUGUUGUGAGGGAUCAUCUAUUUUUGAGAGGGAUUGAUAGAAGUUAUACUCAAUGGAUAUUUCAUGGAGAAGAUGAUCCUUUUCAUGCCAACUGGUCAGACGAUCCGGAUGAUGGAGAUGAUACUGGAGAGUACAUUGAUGACGUCGAUGAGAUGUUAGAUGACAUUCGGGUGGGAUCCUUCGUGGAUGAUAUUACCGGUUUAAAUGCAAGUGGCAGUGAUGAUGAUAAUGCACAGUCCAACGUUGGGACUUCUAUACACCAUACGUUUGAACAGUACGUCGAGGAUGCACGACGUCCACUAUAUCCUUCGUCUACAACCUACUCAAAGCUAUCAUUUAUAGUGAAGUUGCUUCACAUCAAGACAAUUGGGGGUUGGAACGUGAAGUCAUUUAACAUGGUGCUAAAGCUAUUGAAGUCUGCAUUCCCAACUGCUCUCUUGCCUGAAGACUAUAAUGAUGCACGUCAGCUAGAGCGUGGGUUGGGAUUUAGUUACACCAAAAUCCAUGUAUGCCCAAAUGACUGUAUGUUGUUUUGGAAAGAUGAUGAAGACAAAGAUGAAUGCCGUAAAUGCAACGCAUCUAGGUGGAUCUCAAUGACGAGUAAACACCGGGUACCUCAGAAAGUGAUGCGUUAUUUUCCAUUGAAGCCUAGGUUGCAACGCCUUUAUCUAUCGAAGAAGAUAGCAGAAGCCAUGCGAUGGCAUAAAGAGGGCCGUAUCGAUGAUUCGAACUGUAUGAGGCAUCCAGCUGAUUCCAAAGUUUGGAAAGAUUUUGACAGGAAAUAUGAUUGGUUUGCCAAAGAUUCUCGUAAUGUCCGUCUUGGACUGGCGAGUGAUGGGUUCAACCCGUUCAAUAACAUGAGCAAGCCCUAUAGUAUAUGGCCAGUAAUACUUCUACCUUAUAACUUGCCACCUUGGUCUUGCAUGAAAGACCCAUACUUUAUGUUGACCUGCUUGAUACCUGGUCCUAAAUCACCAGGAAAUGAUAUCGAUGUCUUCCUGCGUCCUUUAGUUGAUGAGUUGAAAGAAUUAUGGGAGGUUGGUAUUGAGACAUAUGAUGCAUUCAGUUCUGAUGUUUUUGGAUUACAUGCAUCUUUACUUUGGACUAUAAAUGACUUUCCUGCAUAUGCCAAUCUUUCUGGGUGGAGCACGAAGGGGAAGUUGGCUUGUCCUGUGUGCAAUGUUGAUACCGAUUCUAUGUGGUUGGCGUAUGGGCGUAAACAUUGUUAUAUGGGCCACCGUCGAUGGUUGGCCUUGGACCACCCUUGGAGAAAGAAAAAACGUGCUUUCAAUGGUGCCAACGAGGUUCGGAUUCAACCAGCAAAUCUUUCGGCCCAAGCUAUAUUUGAAUCAUUAUCCAUGGUCCCGAAUGUGCAAUUCGGGAAAAGUUCACGGAAGAGGAAACGGGCACCACAAGAAUUAAAUUGGACAAAGAAAAGCAUCUUCUUCGAUCUCCCAUACUGGCAAGAAUUAGAGUUGAGGCAUAACCUAGAUGUAAUGCAUAUUGAGAAAAACAUAUGUGAUAGUGUGUUGGGCACCUUGCUGAGUAUUGACGGAAAGAGUAAGGACACUGCGAAUUCUCGCAGGGAUUUGGAACAUCUAGGACUGAGGAAGGAGUUACACUUACGUCCGGAUGGCGAUCGUUGCCGAAUGAGUCUUGCAUGUUACACCCUAAACCAAAAUGAAAGAAAAUCCUUCUGUGAGUGGGUGUCACAAGUUAAAUUCCCAGAUGGCUUCGCCUCUAACAUUGCCCGGUGUGUGAAUAUUCGUGAGGAAAAAUUUCAGGAAUGA